UAAACUGAUAAAAUAUAUUUUUAAUUUUUCUUUUGAACUGCAAUUAAAUUGCCUAAUAACAUGUGAAGUGAUUUAAUUGAUAAAUUAAUGUAGAGUAUGUAGUUCAUACUGAUUUUCCUCUAUAAAACAAUGAAGUUAUCUGCAUAUUUUAGUGUUAGUUGUAAAAUAAAAGUGUGGUGUACGGGGAGUGCAAAAUUAAUGAGUCUAAGCGUAAUGUAUGCGGGCCUGAUAGUGUGCGCCGCUCUCGUGCCAUCGGUGUUCUGUGAAAGAGUCCCGUCUGGAAUUCUCACCUACGAGCAAAUCUACAACAGCACCAGCUACGCCCAACUUGAUCACCUCCUGACGCCGCACACAGCUACUGAGAGGAGGAACAGCACCCAGGGAUACACCCCCCUGAGAGGGGACGAGUUCCGAUUCAAGGACAAGUAUGAGAUCAGCAGCCGGAGUCAGCUGCUGGUGGGGUUCGCGCGGGACCCCUUCCGGCAGUCGAUACCGGAGGUUGACUAUCGCAAAGGAGUGAGAGUGCUGGACGCCCAGCCCAGCGCGGACCGAGGCAAGCGUGGCGUUGUACAUCUAUACAACAUGCUGACUUGCGCGACUGGCUGCGACCCGUUGGCCUACAAGGGCUACGGCUGUUACUGCGGCCUGCUGGGUGAGGGUCGGCCCACCGACGGCAUCGACAACUGCUGCCGCAUCCACGACGAGUGCUACGACAAGUUCCACUGCCCCUUCUACACCGUGUACUUCCAGCCCUACUACUGGAAGUGCUACCACGGCGAGCCGCUGUGCGCGCGGGAGAACCACAUCGCUCGCAAGGGGGUGAACAGCUGCGCGGGGCAGCUGUGCGAGUGCGACCGGCGGUUCGCGAUGUGCGUGAAGCGCUACACGUGCCCGCGCGGCAAGGCGCUGUGCCGCUCGUCGCCGCUGCGGCUGCUGCAGAACAUCCUCAUGUCGUACCGCUGACGGCGCGCCGCUCGCACUAUGUUCAGGGCUAACUUAAUACAUCCAUCCAACAACAGGGCGACAUUGACUUCCCGCCGCUGAAAGUUGUCCCAGUUAAUACAGUUUAUUGAGAUGAAGAACAAUUCGUAAUAAAAAGUAAUAAUAAAGUCAUGGUAAACCACAUGCUGCUCACGUUGUUAUGCUUUUAAAGACUUAACUGAACUGAUUUUAAUGAGAGUGAUCUAUUUUAGAUUACUUGCAGACUUGUGAGUACAAUAGUUCAACAUACUCGUAGUGCCGACAUACGAUCAAUCAAAAAUCAAUAAAUUAAUCCAUUUUUCUUUUGCUGCAAAAUGGAAUACAACAGCUGUACAGAUAAUUAGAAUUAGA